AUGCCCCGCAUUUCCUGGCUACUAUCCGCCCUGCUGUUAGUGCACUUUUUGGGCUGGAGCCGGGGCUACUUCCCCGAGGAGCGCUGGAGCCCCGAGUCCCCUCUCCUCGCCCCACGGGUGGUUGUCGCGCUCAUCUGCCGCAACUCAGCGCACUCUUUGCCGCUCUUCCUUGGAGCUUUGGAGCGCCUGCGCUACCCGAAGGACCGCAUUGCUCUGUGGGUGGCGACAGAUCACAACAUAGAUAAUACUACUUCCAUCCUUCGAGAGUGGCUCAUCAAGGUGCAAAAUGACUACCACUAUGUGGAGUGGAGACCUGAUGAUGGAUCCAGUGCCUUUGAGGAUGAAGUGGGGCCCAAACAUUGGAAUAAUCUUCGUUAUGAACAUGUAAUGAAGCUUCGUCAGGGGGCAUUGGACUCGGCCCGUGAAAUCUGGGCUGACUACCUCCUGGUGGCCGACUGUGACAACCUGCUCACCAACCCGGAUUUGUUGUGGAAACUGAUGAUAGAAAACAAAACCAUUGUUGCACCGAUGUUGGAGUCCAGAGCUGCAUACUCCAACUUCUGGUGUGGCAUGACUUCACAGGGCUACUAUAAGCGAACGCCAGCGUACAUACCAAUCAGGAAGCAGGAGCGUCUCGGGUGCUUUGCCGUGCCGAUGGUCCACUCGACGUAUUUGGUGGAUUUACGGAAGGAAGCCUCUCGACAACUGGCUUUUUACCCACCGCACCCGGAGUAUAGCUGGGCCCUCGAUGACGUCAUCGUCUUUGCCUACUCUGCUCGCAUGGCGGACGUUCAGAUGUUCGUGUGCAACAAAGAAACCUUUGGAUAUUUUCCUGUGCCCAUGCGUUCCCACGCGACCUUGCAGGAUGAAGCAGAAAGCUUUUUGCAUACUCAUCUUGAGAUCAUGGUGAAAAAUCCUCCACUGGAAUAUUCCAGCUUCCUGACUCUUCCUCCUAAGCAGCCGAGCAAGAUUGGCUUUGAUGAGGUAUUCAUGAUAAAUCUGGUGCGGAGAGCUGACCGGCGUGAACGCAUGCUGCGAACUUUACACGAGAUGGAGCUCAGCUGUAAAGUUAUUGCCGCUGUGGACGGCAAAGCUCUGAACAAAAGUGACAUAGAAUCUAUGGGGAUUAAUAUGCUGCCGGGAUACAAAGAUCCGUAUCAUGGUCGACCUCUCACCAAGGGGGAACUUGGUUGUUUCCUCUCUCAUUACAACAUCUGGAAGGAGAUAGUGGAUCGCGAUCUGCAAACCUCCUUGGUCAUUGAGGACGACCUGCGCUUCGAGGUGUUCUUUAAACGUCGUCUCCAGGCGUUGCUGCAGGAAGUGACGACACACAAGCUUGACUGGGAUCUCAUUUAUAUAGGACGGAAGCGAAUGCAGGUGGAUCAUCCGGAGAAAUCGGUACCAAACGUUCACAAUCUGGUGGAGGCCGACUACUCUUACUGGACUUUAGGAUACAUGCUGUCCUUGCAAGGCGCCAAAAAGCUCCUUAAAGCUGAGCCUCUGAAAAAGAUGCUUCCUGUUGAUGAGUUCCUUCCUGUCAUGUUCGACAAACACCCCGUGUUAGACUACAUGGAGCACUUUGAGGAUCGAAACCUCCGCGCGUUCUCGGCAGAGCCGCUUCUGGUGUAUCCCACCCACUACACAGGAGACUCAGGCUACAUCAGUGACACGGAGACCUCAGUAGUCUGGAACAAUGAAACGGCCAAGACCGACUGGGACCGAGCCAAGUCCAGGAAAACUCAGGAACAGGUGGAGCUAAGCAUUGAAGCAAAGAACUCUGAUGUACUUCAGUCUGAGCUGGAGAACUUUAGCGCACGAGAUGAAUUGUGA